CUCAGUAGGCGUGGCUGGCGGCAAACGAAAACUUCAAAGCACAACACACACCCUGCUAAAUUAUUGAGAACGUUUUGAGAAAUCAAGAAAUAAACCCAAUAUCGAAAUCUCAUCGAAGUGCAGAAUGGUAAUCGGUCAGGAUAGUGAGGAAAAGGUGCUGCCAGGGGAAAAUGCAGCCACUGGUGGAAUGGAAAUGAACGGUUUUAAGGGAAACCGCUUGGAAACGGCCAAGAUAUAUGCACGCGGAAAGGGUCGACUGCGCAUGUUUUUUCGGCUCGGAAAUCAGCCGCGUUGCGAAUUCAUCAACGGAGUGCCUCCCAGUGAUUUGAAUAAAAUCCAGAAACAUUGGUAACCAUUUGGUAUUUGUGUAAUAAUUAAUUUUAUCCAUAGUAACAAAAGGCUGCAGCUAUAUGCUAUGCUAAAUAAUAGAUUUGCCAAUAAGAAGAAUUGAAAUAUUUUUAAUAUCAUGUACAUAUAUUCUAUGAUAAUAGAUUUGCCAAUAAGAAGAACUGAAUGAAUAAUUGAAUAUUAUAGUUAAAUUG